AUGAUCAGACAAUAAACCAUGUAGUGAUAUCUUUCAUAAUGAAAGGACUGAUCCAUAAUUUGAUGAAAUGAUACGGAAUUAUGAAAUUAAGGAAUCAAGGAGAAAGAGAGAAGAAAAAUAAGAUUUGUAAAAUAUAAUAAAAAUAUUUAUUUUAAUGGAGGAGAGCAACUAUAAUAUAAUUAGAGAAGAUUCACUUCCAUCUAAGCGACUAAAAAAUAUUAAUCUCAAUUUCCUGGUACAUUAUAACCAUCUUAUAAUACAUUUGCUGAUCAAAUGUUAUUUAGGUAUUUAGAUGAACAUAUAAUUAAGAUUAAAAAUAUAAGUGGAGAUUACUAAUUAUCAUUUUAAAGAUAUGCAUCUGAAGUUGGUACUAUAGGAAAAGCAAAAACACGUUUAUAAGAAUAACCUUCUCCAAUUAAAUCAAGGAUUAUGGGUUCAAAUAAUUUAGAUGAAUCGAUAGAGAAGGGAUCACUUAUAAGAAGAAAACCUAUGGGAUUAUAAUCUAAUAGAAAUUUCAAAGUACUAACAAGAUUGA